AUGGUCGACGGGCACUUCGGACUGCAAAGAUUUGCAAAGGUCGAUGAUCCUGACGACAUCUCCCUACUGGAUGGUUUAGGCUUCUUCCCCCGGGAUGAUGAAUAUAACGAGUAUGUUGUUAGCAUAGUCCUUCGCCCAGAAGACGAGAAAUCCACAUGCUCCCGUCUUCACGCUGUCGACAUGCAGAAUAAAUUGAAAUUCAAGGGCUGUGUCAUUACCGGCGUGAUAGCCGUUGAAUGUGGACGGCAUUGUGUCUUCCUGUCGAUGGUUGACCUUCAAAAGGGUGAAAGGUUUGCGAAUGCUGACUUCGUGUUUGUCCGCGCUAUACAACGAUAUGCUGUAGGGGCCAAGUCGCUUGUCCGAGCUAGGUUCUUUCGCCGGAUACUUAGCACCUACGACAUAGCCUGUCAAUUCGGAGUUUACUUUUUCCAGCGGACUGCCAAACAGUUCCCAGACAUGGUAUGGCUAAUAGAUUUUGUUCGGUGGAUGAUACCCAAGAUGCACCUUGACGGUCAUAAUUCUGAUUGCCGCGUACAGUUUUCACUCAAUUACCUCAAGGGAGCGGCACGGAUGCAUGGGGAGGGAAUCGAGCAAUCAUGGGCAGAGUCGAAGCAGUCUGGUGGAAGUACAAGGCAGAUGAAUCAUGGUCAUAGGCACGAUACCAUCAAUGAUCUUCAUAAUUUCUGGAACUGGCGCAAGGCUGUGAACAUGGCAACUUAUCUUACGGACAAAUACUCAGAGUCAGUGAAACUUCGAGACGAUGCUAUUGAGCAUUAUAUAGGUCUGUCACGACUUCGAGGAAAUCACAAUGUCAAUCAGUGGAGUAAGGAAAGCGAUGAACCAAAGAAGGAGGGGGACCAUUGGACCAGUGUGUACCAUAUCAAAACACGACGCUUGCCUUUUCGUGAGAACAUUUACAUGAACAUGCUUGCUCUAGAGCAAGACAAAUCAACAGCAAAAGACGAGCUAUUUUGUGACGCAUCUGACGAGAUCAAGUUCGUUCUCAGUGGUAUACAGAUACAAGAACGACAGCGUCAGUUACAAGCGUCUGUCAAACAGGCAUCAACAGACUCAGAAAUAUCAACAAUAAAGCGAAGUAAAACAGUCCUCGCUGUUACAUCCAUGCCGGACCGAUCCGGACCAACGUAA